AUGAACGCGUUAAUGGAUAGUACCAGUUACCGUAACGAAGCUAACAACUGCGGUAUUGUAAGUGCCACUUCAACCUCUGAAGAUGAUCAGCUGAGUUUAUGCUGUCUGUGUGGUCAAACGUUUCCAAGUAUCAAGUCCCUUCAUAUGCACAUUAAUGUUGUACACGAAGAAGUGGCAGACUCUUUUGAUUUUCAGUUAACAGAUGGUGAAAACGACGACUCUCAUUCAGUCACCUUAGGAUCGCGAUCUCACUGUCAUCUAGUAGUGAGGAAUUUAUAUCCAGUAAAGCCUGAAACUCCAGUUGUUUGUCCGAAUUGUAAAAAGCCGUUUCCUGGUCUCACAAGUUUGCGAGUUCAUAUAGAUUCUGUACAUCAUGGUAAUCGAAUACCUCAAUGUGAUUAUUGCAUGAAAAAGUUCUCCACAUUAUCCUACCUUCGAAUGCAUAUUUCUACUGUUCAUGAAGGUGUCCGUGCAUAUUCUUGUAAUAUCUGUGAGAAGAGUUACACUCAAAAGCAUUCUUUGAAAAAACAUCUUAGAAAUUCUCAUUCAAUCUCAUCCAGUCAAGACAUACUAGAUGAUUUAGGAUCAACUAAUGGGGUACCGAAUAAAUCUAGUCAGUCUGCAUGUUCCAAUGAAAUGCGUACUUUUAAAUCACGCAAAAGGUUACUCGUUGAUUCUCCAAUCAUACCUAAUUCCUGUAGUCCUAGUCCAUCUAGGUCGAAUGAAGUGGACGGUCCUGUUUCAUUGGAAACUAAGAAUCGCCAAAUCAGUUGA